GCCUCCCCCCUGGGGCCCCCGCUCACCCAGGUAGCGGCUCCGCAGCCGGGACGGGUCCUCCAGCCCGAGGGACCUUUUCCUGACGUCCCACAACAGCCAGAGAAAAGGACACGGCGACUUUUUCACCCGGCUGUCCACAAGUCCUCGGCGGCGGAGAUGGCGGCCGCCGGCGCUCGAGGCCUGCGGGCUACGUACCACCGAGUCCUAGAUAAAGUGGAGAUGAUGCUGCCAGAGAAAUUGAGACCGCUGUACAACCACCCGGCAGGUCCCAGAACAGUUUUUUUCUGGGCUCCUAUUAUGAAAUGGGGACUGGUAUGUGCCGGAUUGGCUGACAUGGCCAGACCUGCAGAAAAACUCAGCACAGCCCAGUCUGCUGUGCUGAUGGCAACAGGGCUCAUUUGGUCAAGAUAUUCACUUGUCAUUAUUCCAAAAAACUGGAGUCUGUUUGCUGUUAACUUCUUUGUGGGAGCAGCAGGAGCCUCUCAGCUCUUUCGUAUAUGGAGAUAUAACCAAGAACUAAAAGCUAAAGCACACAAAUAAAAAGAGUUCCUGAUCACCUGAACAAUCUUUGUGGACAGAAUCAUUGGGACC